UGGGAUGGGGGGGCCUGGACGCCUGCGUGUCCCCCCCCCCCGGGGAGCUGCGGGACCCCUCCCCCCAUGGGUGGGGGGGGAGCACCCUAAAUCCACCCCCACCCCCCGUUCUGGGGGGGCCGCAGGGCUCUGGCCUGCCCCCACCGUGGGGGGAGGGGCCGCAGGCGCCCGGGCGUGGGAGGGGGUGUGAAGCCACAGGGGUGGGGGGUGGGGGGUGGGGGUAGAGGAUGUGACGGGGCCGCCCCCCACCCCCACCCUGCUGUCCCCAGGGUGUCGCAGCCGCUGGCCAUGGCCGCCCCCCGGCGCCCCCCCUCCUGGCUGUGGCUCCUGAGCCUCGUGUCCCUCCAGCGCUGGUCCCCGGGGGCCCCGCAGUGCCAGCGGGCGCGGGGGCCCCCCUGCGCCGCCCCCCCGGCCCCCGGCACCCAGUCCCUGGGCUGGGGUCUGGACGUCACCACCCUGGCGCCGGCCGGCGGGCGGGUGCUGAGCGUGGGGGGGGUCGCGGGGGGCCGCUGCGUGCUCUGCCCGGACCCGCUGGCCGGCGGGGGGCUGCGGCGGCUGCCGGCGGGGGUCGGCGGGUGGCGGGCGGGGCGCCGCUGCCGCCAGGGGACGCGGGUGGCGGCGGGCGGCGGCGCCCUGGGGGCGGUGGUCGCCGGGACGGAGCAGGUGGCGCAGGGCUGGCGCCUGGGGCUGGGGGCGGCGGUGCGGCGGCGGGGGGCGCUGGCCCUGGCCGGCUCGCACUCGCGGGUGGCCGACUUCGGGCUGCAGCGGCAGCGGGAGGACCGCUACGCCUUCGCCAGCCUGCAGAUGCACUGCGUCCACUACUGGUCCUGGGUCUCCCCUGACGCCCGCCCGUCCCCCCACUUCCUCCGCGCCGUGCGGGCGCUGCCCCCCCGCUUCACCCCCGCCACGGCGGCCGACUACGAGGAGCUUCUGGCCGCCUACGGCACCCACUACAUCUGGGCGGCCGAAGCCGGGGGGCGCCUGCGGGCCGUCACCGCCAUCCGCUCCUGCCGCGCCGCCAUGGCCGGCGCCAGCGCCCAAGAAGUGGCCGACUGCCUGGGGGCGGAGGUGUCGGCCGGCGGCGGCGGCGCCAGGGCCACCGCCACCGCCAGCGCGUGCCGCCGGGCCCGGGCGGGCAACGGAGCCAACGUCACCUUCAACGAGGCCUACAGCGAGCGGCUGGUGGAGGUGGAAGGCGGCGAGCAAGAUGGCGACCUCCUCUACGGCAAGGCCGAGGCCUACACAAGAUGGCUGCGGAGCCUCCCCGCCGUCCCGGGGCUGGUGGCGGCCAAGGUCCGGCCCCUCCACACCCUCCUGCCGCGGCGGGAGCCCCGGCGGGCGGCGCUACGGGCCGCCGUCGGCCAUUACGUCGCCUGGCGGGCCUUGCGGGUCAACUGCAGCCGGGCCUGCGCCGGCGGCCAUCUUGCGGGGCCCUGCCGGUGCGGCUGCCCCGCCGGCGAGGCCGUCACGGCCGAGUGCUGCUCGCGGCACCGGGGCACGGCGCGGCUGGCCGUCGCGGUGGCGGGCGGGCAGGGCUGGCGGGGGGACAUCCUUUCCAUGACCGACGCCUACGUGCGGGUGAUUUUUGGGGGGCGGCAGGCGCAGACGGCCACGGUGUGGAACAACAACCACCCGCACUGGGGGGCCCGGCUGGAUUUGGGGACGGUGGAGGUGCUCCCCGGCGCCCGGCUGAGGCUGGAGGUGUGGGACGAGGACAACAAGUGGGACGACGACUUGUUGGGGGUCUGCGAGGAGCCGGUGGCGGCCGGCGAGACGCGGGAGGUGGUCUGCUUCCCCGGGGGCGGGCGCCUCCAGUUCAGCUACCGGGCGACCUGCGGCCCCUCGCUGGGGGGGCCCCUCUGCCACGACUACGUCCCGCAGCCCCCCGAGGGCAAUGGGGCGCUCUACCGCUUCUCCCAGUGGCCCCCCGGGCCGGGGGACGGACCCGCGGACUGGCCCAACCAAGACGACGAGGAGGAGGAGGAGGAGGAGGAGGAAGGCUGGCCUGGGGACCCCGACUCCGGAGCCUUCUGGGAGGCCGCGGAGACCCCCGGGGUCAACGGCUCCUCCGCUGAACCCCCAGAGAUGGAGGCGGGUUUGGGGGAGGACCCUGGAGACCCCCUGGGCGACCCCACGGACGCCUUCGGCCACCUCCCAGGGCCCCUGCUUGGCUCUGGGGAGGGGCUGUCGGGGGCGGACCCACCCCCCGCCCCUGAGGAGGGGUCUCCAGACCCAUAGGGCCCACCCCCCGCCCCUGAGGAGGGGUCUCCGCACCCCAACCCAGGCCACCACCCAUCCCCGAGC